CGCUCGAGCUUUUUGUGCUAGGUUGUAUUAUUUUCUUCAUAUAUUACAGUUUUUUCUGUUCGGGCGUUACUGGGAUAAUGCAAGGCAUUUUGUAGAAAUAAUGGCCUGUAUCAUAAAGAUGUUUAUUUUUAAUCCAAGCUAAGCAUUUGCUCUUUAAGAUGUUCGUCCGAAAUGUCGAAAGGGAGUCAUGUUUGAAGUAUUUAGCGAAUUGGUGCCAAUUAUCAAGCAAUAGCAUUAUUGUAGAGAUCCCGCCUAACGUCUAGCACCUUGCCGGUGGUUUGAUGUGCCAAAAAAUUGUAUGUAAACACCCCGAAACUUGUGAUCGAACUUUUCACGAAUAGAGUGGCUAAUUAAUUCGUAAGUUCUUAUGCAAAUGGAAAAAGAUUUUACAAUCUGCGUAUUGAGUCAAAGGUUUCGUACCAAUCGGCAAUGUCUCCAAAACGCAUCGGACUUUUUCGCUAUAAUGUUUGCAUCAACUUGUUGGCGAGAGAGUUCCCAGGAUCACGUGGAAUUACAUGACAUUGAUCCAGAGACGGUGCAAGAGGUGAUCGACUUUUGUGAAAAAUCAUUGGUAAGCAUCUCUAAGCAAAACGCAAUCAGACUUUUAGCCGCGAGCGACCUGCUACAGGUUAGGCACCUGAAAAAACAAGUGGAACGUUACUUCUUCGACCAAUUACGCUUAUCACAAGAUGUUCCGGCAACAUUUACCAUCGCCAAUACUUAUAAUUGUCUGUUUUUAAAGGAAUCCUGUAUUAAGCUUGCCACAUGGUGCUUUGAUCGCCUGGUGGAAACAUUGUCGACGAGUGAUUACGAGUUAGUCCAGUGCCUGGUGAAAAACGAGUUUCUUCAUGCCGAUGAAAAUCUCGUCUACAAAGCGAUUAUAGCAGUUACGCGAGGCCGUAUAGUAGAUGAAGUCGCUCCUCUUAUUGACGAGCUGUUUCUUCAAAAUUUGACGCAGCCUCUAAGCGAGAGCUUGCAACUCUUGCAUUCCCUCACCGAAGAUUCUCCAACACGAAAGGGAUUCCGAAAAGAUGCCGUUACUGUUGGCUUUAUAUCAGACAAUAACGCUUUAUACGCUUGGGAUCGCCGCAGUUCAAAACUCAAACGAAUAACGACCCUGCCGACGCGCGCGGUUGGGUGUAUUAUUGUUCACCUUGGCCAGUUUCUGUAUUUACUGGGUGGUGAAGGGCGCAUCGGAUGCGGCAACUGGAAUAUGGAUGUCUACCGGUUCGACAAUCUUCACAAGAGCUGGGAUGUUGUCCAAAGGAUGGAUACGGAACGACGGUCAUGCCAGACAUUGGUGGGACAUGAGAAAAUCAUUAUGUGUCACGGCUAUGGAAAGUAUCGCGUUGAACUGGAUACGAUAUCAGUAUUUGACCCCUCGUCCGGUCGUUGGUUCCACAUAAAGUACUCGUUGAACCGUAUUCCCGGCCCCCCAUGCAAAACUGUGGUUUUUUUGGAUAAUUGCUUUUAUCAUUUCGUUGAUACCUCAAUUGUGUAUUGCUUCUCCGACGAAAUGUUCGAUUUAUCGUCCAGUGAUGUACUCAAGAUCGAAACUACAAUGGAUACGAUUACACACGCUUUUCCUUUAGACCACCAAAUAUUAAUAUUGACUACAAAACGACUUAUCAUACUAUGGAACCCUAGUAAUUCUCGAACGGAACAUCUUCAACUUAUGUCUCCGGAUUGCGAAUUUAGUAGAUGUACGCUUAUCGACCGCACAAUCUACAGCGUCGAUUUUUCGGAAAAUGAAAUAACGGAGUUCAUUGUUGAUCUGGAAACGAAAAUCUUAAAAAGAACUUUUCAGAUCUGGCCCACCCAGGUUUCGAGACUUUCCUCGUUAUCAAAUGUGCGAUUAUUCCGUUCACUCAUCAGUCAUCGGAGAAGACACCACAUCUCGUCACCGGAAGCAAGUCUAUAUAGGAUUCUGUCACUAUUACUGUGUUGCGCAGUGCCAGAUAAGAUGCUGAAAGGCAGAGAAAUGGCGUGUAUAUUUGUGACAUCCACUGAGGGUAUGAGUACCUAAUCCCUGAAUAAAUACCCGAAUCUACAAACCUGGUGCAGGGACAUAGUGUCGAGGAUUGGCUCAAGCAUUCCCGAAUCAUGGCCAGUCACCAAUAUACGGUACGGUCGAAUCCACAAAGGAAGCUAAAACAAAGAUUAGUACACCUGAGUAUUAAAUCCACAAACGUAAGUCACCAUAUACGAUUUUUAUUAUUAACUGACACCGAUCAUGGAAAUUCA